GAAAUCGAAUGGAUUCUUAAUAAACAGUCUACUUUUAAAAGCAGAUUCUUUUUAUAGCCGUUCGUCAUUUAGCAAUUUCACUUGAAAAAAGGGGGAAAAAAUUCAAGAACAUGGUCUCUUUGAAGGACAGACCUUUCCAGCGCUACAGUAACGGUUGUCGCCAAGUUGUUGGGUGUAUCCCUUAUAGAUUCAGGAGAUCAAAUCAAUCGCGUGGGUUUUGUGGGUCUAUCUCCGAUGAGAUUGAAGUUCUUUUGAUAAGUUCACAGAAGGGUCAAGCAUGGUUGUUCCCCAAGGGAGGUUGGGAAAUUGAUGAAUCAAUGGAGAUGGCUGCAAAGAGAGAGACACUUGAGGAAGCUGGCGUGGUUGGGGAUGUUAAGUGUGAAUUGGGAAUGUGGAGAUACAAGAGCAAAACACAAGAAGUCUUCCAUGAGGGUUAUAUGUUCUCAAUGCUAGUUGAAGAACAAUUGGUUGUUUGGCAGGAAGGAAAUAUGCGUCGACGAAUGUGGAUGACAGUUGAUGAAGCAAGAGAAAAAUGUCCACAUUGGUGGAUGAAGGAAGCUCUAGAGAGCUUCGUUUGUCAAUUGGUUAGGAAACAAGAGGAAGAAGAAAGCUUGUCGACAAAUUGUUUAUUGGAGUUCUUGAGAACGGAAGACCAAAGAGUAGUCGCUCAAAAGGGAACCGGAAAAGGAGAUGAAGAAGUGGAUUGCUGCCAACUUGUUAAAUAGCUAGAACGAAUAAUAACGCGUUUAACUUUUUAAAUUUUCGCUUUGCCCAUUUAAUUGCAACCGUGAAAAAAGGAGUUGUCUAGGUAAGGGCAAUGAAUUAAAACCUAGGAUCGCAACACUAUUAUCGCAUGAUGAUCAAUAUCAGUUAUGUAUAUAGCGCACCGAAUCGAUGAAUUCCUCGGGGUGU